AUGCAUUUCAGGAACCCAACUUCAAGAAGCAACAAGUUCAAGAUGUUGAGAGGUGAGGGAAGCCAAGCGACAGUGGCAAGAAAGCAAAGGGCAGAGAAAGCAAGAAGAAUGAGAGAAAGGAUGUCCAUAGAUGAAGGGUUGGAGUAUGUGAGAUCAAGGGAAGAGAGGAACCAGCAGAUGGAAGAGUUUGAUGCAGAGAGGCGUGUCUCCUCUGAGGAGAGGUCUGAAAAGGAAGGUAAUGGCUCUCCAAGUGAAGAAGGAAGUGAUGAGACUGAGAGUGAAGAGGAAGGAGAAGAGGUCAAUCAAGAGAUUGAGGGAAGUGUGCAUGAGAGCAAUGAGAAUGUACCCAUGGAGGAGGCUGAAUCAGAGGAAGAGGAUGAACUCCCCAUGUACCAAGAGCACUACAAUGCCCUCUUCUCCAUGGAUUUUAUGGAUACCAAGUACCCACAUGUUGACACAAUGAAGGCCCUUGGAAUCUUUGAAGAUGUGGAGCUAGUUCUCAAGAACAUGCACUUGGCCAAACUCUUCUCUUAUCACAUGGAAUCCUACAAGGAGCUCACUUGCGAGUUCUUAGCUUCAAUGUGGUACCACAUGUACGACGAGGAAGAUAGAGCUGAUUUGGACCAAGGACUGUGA